UCGAAGAAGCGAACACAAGGCGGUUGCGCAUGCGCGUGGAUCAUGUGCGGAUCGGACGUGCCUGAAAUUCACAAUUCAAAUAUUGGCUGAAAGGGGGUUCUAUGCCCAUAAAAGUGUUCUACCGCAAGUGACGAGUGACAAGUGACCGACGGCCAAAAAACAAAUUCACAUUCAAAUUGGUAUCCCCAACCAAAAUCAAAACAAGCAUGCGUGAACGCAGCCAAACGACUCCAAGAAGGCGACGAGCCGGUCCAAAACAGGCCUUGCCCGGCAGCUCCUCCGAGGGAGUGGGCGCUUUGGAAUCCCCCUACUACACCAUUGACAACACGGAGGACAUAUACGGCACCACCUUGCUGCCCUCGCAGCGCUGCUACGUGGAUCCCUGGGAUCUGGAGAACUAUGAUUAUGUACGCAAGAAGAUCGAUGAUGUCACCGGUGGCGGUGGUGGUGCCGGUGGUGUUGAAGCCAUUGAACCCGCCUACGGUGGUGGGGGCAACUCGCUGACGCCUAGUCCCACAUACGGAUACGCUGGAGGUGUGGGUGUGGGUGUGGGCGUGGGCAUGUCGGCCACAAUGCCACGCCCCCACACGCAGAGUCGCCGGGUGUCGCGUGCCCAGUGCCAACUGGAGUGCUGCGUGCCCCAGAGGACUCGUCGCCGGAGCCGCAGCGCCCGCAAGGAGCCACUCUACACGGCCAGGAGCGACAUCUACGGUGUGCCCAGUCGCUAUGAGGACUACAUGGCCACCAUGACCAGGCAGCUGCAGCUGGACAAUGGCGAGGAUGAGGAGCCCGAGGACCUUUACGGCGAGGAGCAGCGGCAACUUUACAAUGGCUUUGGAGGCUUCUCCAGCACCAGUUCCACGGAGCAUCCCUCCUCGAUUGGCGACGAGCGGGCCAUCAUUCCCCAGCGACGGGCGGCCACCCUACAGCGCCGCUCCGUGCCCAACGAGAUGCAGAGGAGCAGCAACAUGGCCGGGGGCUACGGAACUGCCCCCCAUCCGCGGCGCAAGCGAAGCGGCAAGAGCCUGACGCCUUUGGCCGCACCGCCACAGAUCGAGUUCCCCGCCCCGCCGCCACUUUCGCCCGCCUACGACUACUGCAAUCCCUAUGCUACACUGCCGUACUGCAGCAUACCGGAUUGCAGCGAGUGCCAGCAGCAGAUCUACGCCGCACCCUCCACGCUCUACGGAGCAGCUGCUGGGGAUGGCAGCAGCCGGAUGAGGGGCUCAUCGCCCCAUCACUCCAGCGGAGGCGACUCGUCGCUCUACUCCGGAAUUUACGCCCGUAAAUUCGGACUGAGCAAGAAGGGUCUGCUGCAGAUCGACUACUCCUGCAGUUGGAACGACCUGGACAGGGUGAUGCAGCGCCACUUCUGAGAUCCACAUGGUGGGUUUGGGUGCUUGGGUUAGGCUAGGCUUACUACCACAUCAACAGAAACAUUAUUGUACUUAAGUCAUUUUGCAUUACAGAUACACACACACACACACACUGAAGACCAAAUAGCUGAACAUGUUUGUCGUAGAUUUAUAGUGUUUUUUAUAUACAUUACUUACUAAAUAAACAUU